AUGGCGACGGAUACAUCCUACAAGGACGCCCUCCUCACUCUGCUGUUGAAGGCCUCUGCGCUCUCCUUUGGCACCUACACCCUCAAAUCUGGUCGCAUAUCACCAUACUUCUUCAACUCUUCCCUUUUGCACACUUCGUCCCUCCUCGACGCACUUGCACGGGGGUUUGCUUCAGUGCUGACCUCGCCUCCCUUUUCCCUCCCGCUUGGUACCGAAGAGGCUGGUGCGGAAGCCGAUGGCUCAUUUGCCCCUCACUUUGACGUGGUCUUUGGGCCGGCGUACAAGGGGAUCCCCUUGAGCGCGAUCGUCACUCGCGAGCUAUUCUUUGCUGGGAAGAAUUUUGCGGAGGUCUCAUACGCAUACAACAGAAAGGAAGCAAAAGAUCAUGGAGAAGGGGGUAUCGUCGCUGGAGCACCGCUCAAGGGCAAGCGAGUGAUCAUUGUUGACGAUGUCAUGACAGCCGGCACUGCCCUGCGAGAAGCCAUUUCCAUCAUCAAAGCUCAGGGCGGCGUUGUGGUUGGGGUGGUCCUUCUCUUGACCAGACAAGAACGUGUCUCCGAUGCAGAGUCGAGAAGUGCGAUGAAGGUUGCCGAGGACGAGUUAGGAGUGCCUGUAAGGGCGGUGCUCACGUUCGAAGACUUGCUCGAAGCUAUUCAAAGCGGCAAAGUCGAAGGAGCCGGACAGGAACAGCUCGAACUAAUGAAGGCCUACCGGGAAAAGUAUGGGAGCAAAGACUGA